GUCGCUGGUGUGCGCUUGUGUUUUGAUUUUUUUAAAUCUCGUUUCGUAAAAUACAACAUGAAUAUUAUAUCGUUGACCGUUUGGACAUUGGAGAAUAAUUGUUUUAUAAUCUAUGCCGCCAUGAUAGUGUGUUUUAUAGCGUUUACAAUGUUCCACAAGAAUAGAAUGGAAGCGCAUUACAGCAGAACUUCGGCCAAAAAGAAAUUCGCGCCAACCGCCGGUGGAAGAGAGAGAGAUUAUCCUAACGACGAAGAUGAUCCCGACGUCUUAUUGCCCGCUAUUCCAGAGAACACCCCACAUAUUCCCUACAGACCCCUUCAGAGGUCUGAUGAAGAGGUCCUUCAAAGGUCUCGUGAGUACUACGAACUGAUGGCGAAGAGAAGGACUGUUAGGAGCUUCAGUACGGAACCGAUACCUCAAGAGGUUUUGGAUAAUAUAGUUAGAACUGCAGGCACCUCACCAUCGGGAGCUCACACCGAACCGUGGACCUUCAUAGUGGUUCAAGACCAGGAAACAAAAACUGCAAUAAGAAGUAUCGUAGAAGAAGAGGAAGAUUUGAAUUACACCAAGAGGAUGUCCAGGCAAUGGGUGACGGACCUUAAACCAUUCGCCACUACUGCCACGAAGCCAUACCUGAGUGAUGCUCCGGCUUUGAUCCUGGUCUUCAGACAGACUCACUCCUGGAGAGAAGACGGGAGAAAAAGGAUGCAUUAUUAUAGUGAAAUUAGUGUUGCAAUAGCUGCUGGGAUUUUACUUGCCGCUAUUCAGUACUGCGGUCUUGUGGCUCUUACAUCCACACCUUUGAACUGCAACUCCCGGCUUCGGGAUCUUCUCUCCAGACCAGUCAACGAGCGAUUAGAGCUCCUCCUACCGGUGGGUAGACCACACUCUGAAGCUACGGUCCCUGAUAUAACCAGAAAACCUUUAGAAGAAAUCAUGAUCAAAGUUUGAAUAGUUUAGUGUUAAAACUUUAAGUUGAAUUGAUUUUUAUAAAGUAUGUUAGAGAA